UUGGCGAGUUUUCCGCUCGAAAGUGGGCUACUCGAAAAGGAUUUUUUCUCCUUCCUCUUACUACCAAAACCAUUCUGCUUUUAUUUACUAACUUCAGUUCAGUGUGAGUAAUUGCUCAAACGCGCUGCCAGGUAUUGCUCCGGAAGGAAUUAGUUGUGUAAUUUCCAGGAUUUUCUUUUUGACUCGUUCUGUUUUGACAGCGCCGAGCACGGAUCACGUUUAUUAAAUGCCGUCUGUUUUUGUGACUCUCGUCGGGGGCUCCCCGUGGGGGUUUCGCAUUCAGGGCGGAAGAGGAACUGGACAACCCCUGCGGCUCUCAAAAGUCAACCCGGGAAGCAAAGCCUAUCAUCAGGGGUUGAAAGAGGGUGAUUACCUGAGAAUGGUGAAUGGCUAUCUGACGGAAGGCCUCUCCCAAAUGGACGUUCAAAACAUUAUCAAGGAAACGGGUAUGAGCUUGGUCCUAGAGGUCGAAAGGUCAUCACUAGAUAAUUUUGAACCUACUUAUACCGCAAAGAAAACAUUGAUAUUGAAUGGGUCAUCUAAGUCUGACGUUACUUUUUCGAGUGUCAGUGCCCCAGAAAAACCUAAUUUUGAAAUUACUACAGCGGGACAGCCGAUAAAAGCUCCAGCUGAUUUAGAAGUGCGUCGAUCUUCUUGGUCUGUGACCCCAGAAAAUAUAUCAAAUAUUUCUGUUGCUGUUGUGCCAACUGAUGAAUUUUCAAGUAAGGGUCUAAUUCAAGACUCAAACGGAGAGUGUGAUUUUAGCAGUUGCUUGCGACCCUCUCAGAUGCAGAAUUCUUUUCUUUCCGAUGUGCAACCUGCAAGUGCAAAGCCCCUUCUCCGCCAUAGCUCGAAGGAAAGCGUCUCUCUAACUGGGCAUAACCCAGGACCCGAAGUUAAAGCUAGUUCACCUAUUGGUCACUGCGAUUACGCCAAUUGCCUGAAGCCAUCGCAAGUGCAAAAUAGCGUGUUCACUGCGGAAUUGUCCGAACUCACUGCUAGCAAAUCCUCCAGUAUUCAUAGAGAUGCUUUGCGCGCGAACACCCCACUAACAUCGCGUACUAACAGCCCAUGUUUAUUGAAUACUACUAACAUUCGUGUCGCAGAUGAUAAUGCCUCACCAGUAAAUGGCACAGAUGGGGAGACGUAUCACAAGUCUGAAAUUAUAAUCAAUCUUAAACCACGUGUGCCAAAAAAGGAACUUUUUCUUGCUAUGAAGACCGAUGAAGAAGUUCCAAUGAAUAAGAGUCCAAAAUUUCAGUCGAAUUCCAUCCUGAUUGAGCAAACAAAUUCUGGAAGACAAGUAGAUCCAAUUUCAUCCUUGGAAGUUACCUCCUCUCAAGAUAAAUCUCAAGAAUUUCUGACAGAUGAAAAUUUAGAAUCAGAUUUAACAUCCCUUUGCUCGAAAGAGACUGAUACUGAGAUGUCAACUGGCCUAGAAGUUGCAUGCAAGCAAACACCUGUUGCCGUGAAAGAAUCUGUUGAUGUACAACAACCUAUUUCCAAGACACCACCUCCUCCACCGCCGCCGCCACCACUUCUUUCAUCAUCUCAAAAACAUAGCACUGUUGACAAAAAGGAAGUUAAUAGAACUGAAUCACUACAGUCUGCUCUGACUGACCGACAUUCGAAUCUUGCAAAGAGCCAUUCUUUGGAUGAAGAGAGAGCUCCCACUCCGAGGUCACCAAUGAUGGUUGAACUUGAAAAACGAUUUCAAAACCGCUUAAAAAAACAAACAGAAGAUCAGAUCACAACUGUAUCCGAAAAAUCCGAAACUGAUUUCCAAAGUACUGAUAACUGCUGCUCCGGAAGGCAUUAUGAAAAUAAUAUAAGUGUUUCCAGGGGCUUGGAUUCUCCAAAUAACUCUAGCAGACUGCAGAAUGGAAAUGAUACUGCUUCAUUAGAUCAUCGUUUUCGCAGCUCCUCGUUGCCUGAGAAUCAAAUUGGAAAUGGCUCAUCCAAUGGGAAAACAUUGAAAUUUGCAUCAAACACAAUUGUGACAGAUGAACCUCCACCACCUGGUGCUGUACUUCUAGAUAAAAAGAUCACUGUGGAUGGAGACCAGGUUCACACUGACAAAUUUUAUGCUAUUCCUGUCAAAGAAAUCCUGAAAGAAAAAACAUCCACAACCAAAUUUAUUCCUGCACCACCUAAAUAUGAAGGUAUUGGACCCACCGAAGAUGGCAUCCCUAUUGGUCUUCGAAACAGUGUCAAGAAAGAAAAUAUGCACAACUGGUAUAAAACUAUGUUCAAGAAUUUGCAUAAAGCAGACUCUGCUAAUGAUACUCAAGAGUAUUUAAUUGGGUAUAGCUCCGAGCCUGAAACAAGUACAAGAGAAAAAAUGAUGCGUAAAAAGUCUUCCACUCUUGAUAAUCGUCAGAAACAAGAUGGUACAAACAUAAAUUUGAACAAACAUCAGUAUCCCCCCUCAGCAAAAUCUUCGAUUGAAGUAUAUAAUGUACGCCCAAGACUUAUUGAAGAUUACGAACCUGGAUAUUCUUCAGUUACAGAUGAUAAAAUUAUACCUGGUUCAAAAAGAUUCUUGCCAACUAAGAAUGUUCUAAAACCUUCAUACGAAUUCAAAAAUGGCUAUGAAUCAGACAAUACCCUUUCAAAAAAAGCAGUUCAACCACUACCUAUGAGUCCCAAUCAGCAGAAAUUUUGGUAUAGAGAAGUGCAACAAGGAGGGGAAAUUCCUCCUUUAGGCCUGGGUAAAAUUGUCCCAGAAAAACCAAAAGAAAUGGUAAUCGGUCCUGUACCUCCACCUCCACUGAAUUAUCGUGUUCAGCAAACAUAUCCACAAGCUACGAGGCCUCUAACACUUCCAGCUACUUACAUGAAUCAAAAUGGCAAUGGAUUAUGCCAUCAAAGUAAUGGUAACUACGAAAUACAAAUGAGAUCUGCCAUUCACUCAGAACUUCAGCAACGGAUGUCUCCAAUAUCCAGUCAGUUAUCUCCUCCAAAUAGACAAGCUGGUAAAUCCCCAUCCAAAUCACCAGAUUUAAAGUUGCCUGCUAGAGCUCUGUUCGACUUUAAGGCAGAAACAAACAAAGAAAUACCUUUGAAAAAAGGAGAUGUGUUGUUGGUUUUAAGGCAACUAGACAAAAAUUGGUAUGAAGGAGAGCAUCUAGGCGUUACUGGCAUAUUUCCUAUUUCUUAUGUAGAGAUUAUCCCUCCAGAACAUGCGGUUUCACCGACAAAAUCUAUUUCAGAAGGUCUUGGAAGAGCUUUAUAUGAUUUCUCAGCACAAACAUCGGUUGAACUUUCUGUGAGAAAGGGUGAAACACUGGCUUUGCUAAGAAGAGUAGAUAACAAUUGGUUUGAAGCUCGUUUGAAUAAUAAGAAGGGUAUCAUACCUGCAUCGUAUAUACAAGUCUUACAGCAACCUGAAAAGUCUUUUGAAUCUCCUACUUUAAGUCCUACUUCUGGAUUAAGCUCACCAAUAGGAAAAACUUACAGUCCUGCAAGGAUAACUGCAGAACUAGAUAGAUUAUCUAAGCACAGCUCAAAUUCAGUAUCUCCUCAUUCUGCAAGUCCGGUGAAUAGGAAUGAACGAGAGAGGUUGCUAAACCAUAACAUAAGGAGCAGCAAUUUAAUUGAACCAGUUAUGUAUCGAGCAAUGUACAGUUAUAAUCCCCAAAACUCUGAUGAGCUAGAGCUUCAGGAAGGAGACAUGGUAUGUGUUGUAGAAGUAUGUGAUGAUGGCUGGUAUGUGGGAACAUCUGCUAGAACAGGAGUGUUUGGAAUAUUUCCUGGAAAUUAUGUGGAAAAAGCUUAGAUAUUUUCCUCGUGCCUCCCUAUGUGAUAGUUUUGCGGCCUUUGGAAAAGCAAUUACCAAAAGCUUUCAAGAUUUUAUGCUUUUAUAUUCAAAUGAUAUUUACUAAUUAUAGAGACAGAUGUAUAUAUAUUGUUAAUUAUUGAAUAAAAAUCACAACAUGUGUAGCUUUUUAUAUUCCAAGUAAAAAUAAUAAAACUAUAUUUAAAAUA